GCUAAUGCGAAUCAUCAAGUUAAUAUUUUUAGCAAAAGCAUUUCUAGUUUUUGAUACUACUUAGAUGUUAAUGGUUUAUACAAAGGUUGAAUCUAGUUGUGAUUUGUGAAGCAGUGGAAUUAGGGGGGGCCUGUGGAGGGGUUGGAAUGGAGCUUUGUUCGUCCCCACUACAGUAGGUUUUGUGAAAGAGAAUUCCAUCUAUUUUGACUACUUGGAUUAAAGCAUCUUUUACCACGGGCGAUUCCUGUGUUCUUAAAUUCAUUAAAAAUAAUUUUCUGUGAUUAAAAUUGUAGUAAUAUUCCUAAUGAAUGAAGCAGGUAGCGUGCUAUUUUUUUCUAAAAAAAAAAAUUAUAGUAAUAUUUUUUUUGUGCAGCAUCUGUAAUUAUUUUGAUUGAUACCAAUUCUACAGUAACUCACCUGUUCAGAGAAGCUUUUCUUCAUAUAGAGAGCUUUUCAAGGAAGAUUUGCAUUGUACCUGACAAAUUACCUGAUGUUGUACGUUUGCUAAUGAAAAAACUGCUAUCUCAUGUUAGACGAUUUCACUUGAAUAGUUUUGGAAAAUAGCAGUUUUUAUACGCUCUUUUAUUGGUGAAGCAAAGCUGUAGCUCACAACAUGCAAUCCAUUGAGCUCUGCUGGUUUUUCAUUUUAACUCGAGCUUGCUCGAACUCGCUCAUUCAUCAAAUAAGCAGCCAACGAAGAUUCAUGGGGCAGCAUUUUGAGUUUUCGGAUUUCUUUUUUUGUGUUGUUUUGAUGAAAAACUACUAUCAGACCGGUAUGAUAGCAGAGAUAUCAAACGGAUCCGGAUUUUGAUUUGCUACAUCCUCACUGUCACUGUCAGAUACUGCUGCCCACAUCUUCGCCCUCCUCGCCAACCGUGGUGAUUCCGCAUCUGGUGACGUUGUCUGUGCCUAUCCGGGCUCAACGAUCUAUAUCUUGCUACUGCGCACUAUCUAAAAGCCGCACACUGAGAAACCCUCAUGGGGAUUUCAUAGAUUUAGCCCCAUCUGGCAGAUCUGACAAUAGCUUUUUACUUUUUCCGGCUCAACACAUCUUGUUUAACUAAUCCCGUAAUGGAAGAAACGUUUGAAACUUCUCUAUGGGAAAUGAGAAACUUUUUUAAAAUUUAUACAAAAUAGAAGAAUAUUGUAUAUCGGGUGUGGAUCAUGCAAAGCUGAAUCCGACUCCAAAUUCUAGUUGGUGUUGUUUUUUUGUACUCAUAAUUGCACCGCUGUAGCUCGGGUCUCAAAGUGUAAUGUGGGCUAAUACGGAACGGGCGAUGUUCACCCGGGCCGAAAAUGGGUCGGAGGUACCGCCCGGCCCCGAAUCCGGACCGUGGCCUCGCAAUAGGGGGAAAAUGGAACGAACACGUAUCGAGUUGAACGAAACCAUGGCCGCUUACUCUUCUCUCUCCCGUCGAACUCUCCACGGAACCCUCGCGGUCGUGCCCAAAUUCCCCCUCCGAUCCCUCCACGAAGGCCCCGACACCAUCGACGAGCUCCUGGAUCGCCACCUCGUGAAGAAGAAGAAGAAGACGACGACGAGCAACGGCGACGGCGGGGACGACGACGACGACGAGGAGCUCGCGCUGCGGCAGCGGCGGCUCACGAGCACGCGGCGCGAGGCGCUGGCGCUCUACCGCGACAUCCUGCGCGCGACGCGCUUCUUCGCGUGGCCCGACGCGCGCGGCGUGCCGUGGCGCGACGUGCUCCGCGCCAACGCGCGCCGCGAGUUCGAGGAGGCGCGCUUCGAGCGCGACCCCGAGGUCGUCGCCAAGCUCCUCAUCGGCGGCCGCGACGCCGUUCAGAAGGCCCUCGACAGGCUCGUCGACGCCAGCAAGAAGAUGGUCGACGCCGAGGCCCGAGAUCGGAGCGGAGGUGGAACGUGAAAUCGAAACCCUAAAACGAGCGAAGGAGUGGUGGAAGGGCGAGAUCCCUAAAAAAUUCCCCCCUUUUUUUUUUUUGCGUUUUUUGGGGCGAAGUUGUUGUUUUUGUAGACGUUUUUUAUGUGAUGGAAUAAUAUCAAAUGUGUAGAAAUUUGUUUGUUCAUACUUUGAUUGGUUGGGUGAUUAUAUUUUUUUUGGAUGGAUGGGUGAGUAA